AUGCUCUCAGCUCCACAGGUUCGGAUUCAUUUCCAUAAACAAUGGACUGCAUUGGCAGCAGGAACACUGAGCGAAAAGGACGGCGAAAAAGAGGAAAAGCUCGUCGGGCAAGAAGAGCAAAAGCAGGACGAGCCGCACCGCCCCAGUCAGCCUCCCCGGGAGCCCUCCGGCCGCAGUCCCGGGCACCUGACACCCCCGGCCCCGACCUGCCCCAGCCGCCUCCCGCCCCUUCCCCGCCGCUGCUAUGUCAGCGGCCGAGGUGUCCCCACCUGCUCGCCUCGGUCACCUUUGUUUCGUGCCUCCGCCUUUCCCCCGGGGAAGGGGAGCCCCGCCGCCUCCCGCAGCCCGGCCCCGCCGCUCCCCUCCCGACCGCGGCCGGCCCGCACAGCUGGCGGGGGCCGCUGGCGCAGAACCGCGGCCUCACGGCCCCGCCCGCUCCGGGGGCUCCAGGAGACCGGGAAGAAAGAGCGUGUCAGCUCUGCCCGUCCCCCCGAGCCCGGCCCCGGAGCGCCCUUACCUAGACAGACGCGGAGGGCGCCGGGGACAUCAACAUGGGGCCUCCGCCAUCAGUGCCGCGCAGCCCCGCCCGCCCGCGUCACUUCCAGCCCGUCCCUGCCCGCUCGGGGCGGGACUUGGCGGGGAUCCGGCUGGAGACGGAAGGGUGCUCUGUCUGUGUACCCCUCUGGCGGUCCCCCGCUCCCUAAGGCACACGGCCUCAGGGGGGGAGAUGGCCCGAGCAAGGCGGCGUUCCCAGGGGUGCGGGGUCGUGCUGUUGUUCCCUCCGUACAGCGCUCCCACGGUCCCCUCCCGGCAUGUCCACGAUUACAACAUCACCUCUGUCGCACUCACAUGCCCCGAUUAAGUCAUCUCCUCCUCCUCCGUCACACUUCCAAAACACGGGCGUGCUCGCACCUCGUGAGUGGCCGCUGUUAA